AUAAUCACAGCUUUUUUCUUUGCCUUUUCCGCCCCCUCUCUCACCUCUCUCUUCUCCUCGGCUCCCUGAGGAGAGAUUUUGAAGGAGAACAUUCUGAACUGGGAUUCUCUCCAAGGGAAGACGAUGGCUGAGGCAAAUGUUGAUCAGAAGCCAUUAGUCCCACCUUCGGGCCGUAAGCUUCCAGACUUCAAGCAAUCUGUGAAGCUCAAGUAUGUGAAGCUCGGGUACCACUAUCUCAUCACGCAUGGAAUGUACCUCUUCCUCUCGCCUCUUGUAGUUGUGGUCGCCGCUCAGAUCUCAACUUUCUCUAUCCAAGAUCUUUACAACCUCUGGGAGCAUCUUCAGUACAAUCUUAUUUCAGUGAUCCUCUGUUCUACCCUCCUUGUUUUCCUGUCAACCCUUUACUUCAUGACACGGCCACGUCCUGUGUACUUGGUCAACUUCUCCUGCUACAAACCAGACGAUUCCCGAAAAUGCACCAAAAGGAUUUUUAUGGACCGAUCUAAACUCACCGGUUCUUUCACGGAGGAGAAUCUUGACUUCCAGCGCAAGAUUUUAGAACGUUCCGGUCUCGGGGAAGACACUUACUUGCCUGAGGCUGUCCUCAAUGUUCCUCCAAAUCCGUGCAUGGAAGAAGCUAGGAAAGAGGCAGAGACUGUGAUGUUUGGUGCCAUUGACGAGCUUUUGGCUAAGACAAAUGUUAACCCUAAGGACAUCGGGAUCUUGAUAGUCAACUGCAGUCUGUUUAACCCGACUCCUUCGUUAUCUGCCAUGGUGGUUAAUCACUACAAGCUCCGCGGCAAUAUACUCAGCUAUAACUUGGGAGGAAUGGGUUGUAGUGCCGGUCUGAUUUCUAUCGAUCUCGCCAAACAUCUUCUCCACACAAUCCCCAACACUUAUGCUCUGGUCAUCAGCAUGGAGAAUAUCACACUCAACUGGUAUUUUGGGAACGACCGAUCAAAGCUCGUCUCAAACUGUCUUUUCAGAAUGGGAGGAGCAGCUAUCCUUCUCUCGAACAAACGAUCUGAGAGAAGAAGAUCAAAAUACCAACUGGUUCAUACGGUUAGGACCCACAAGGGAGCGGAUGAUAAAUGCUUUGGCUGUAUAACACAAGAAGAGGAUUCGACCGGGAAAAUCGGUGUAACCCUCUCGAAAGAGCUAAUGGCAGUUGCUGGUGAUGCUCUUAAGACGAACAUUACGACGUUAGGACCUCUGGUUUUGCCAACAGCCGAGCAGCUCCUCUUCUUUGCAACAUUGGUCGGGCGGAAACUCUUCAAGAUGAAGAUCAAGCCAUACAUCCCGGAUUUCAAGCUAGCGUUCGAGCAUUUCUGUAUCCAUGCAGGAGGAAGAGCUGUUCUUGAUGAAAUAGAGAAGAACUUGCAACUGUCGGAUUGGCACAUGGAACCAUCGAGGAUGACCCUUUACCGAUUCGGCAACACCUCGAGCAGUUCCUUGUGGUAUGAGUUGGCGUAUUCCGAGGCCAAAGGAAGAAUCAGGAAAGGUGACAGGACUUGGCAGAUAGCUUUCGGGUCCGGGUUCAAGUGCAACAGCGCGGUCUGGAGGGCCCUGAGGGCCGUGAACCCAGAAAAGGAGAAAAACCCGUGGAUGAACGAGAUUCAUGAGUUCCCGGUCGAAGUGCCGAGGAUCUCGAAAAUCUAGAACAGUUAAAAAAAAACUCUGGUUUCAUUAUGUUGUAGAAAAUAAUUCUUGUGUACCUUUGCAUUUGUUUAUGAGUCAGUUCUCUUGAUUUCCCAUUCUUGACGUUGUAGAGUUUCUUGGGGUUGUGUGAUCUUUUUGGUUUUACCCAGCAAGGUUUGUAACCUUCUCUUUCACUUGGUGGGUUAUGUGUAUUUGGGAAAAGCCCAUGGUUUCACUCCACUACAUAAACUGUGAGGGCAUUUGGUGUUAAACGAUGAAAUCUUUAUGUUCA